CCAAGAUGGCUACUCUCUGAGAGAAAAUAUUUGAUUGURCUGUAGCUGUUUUAAAUAUAAUUGUAUGCACUUACUCUAGCUUCCCAGCUGUUGAAUCAUGUCGGACGAUGAAGAAGGKGCMCCUAGGGAAAAGAAACAGCGAAUAUAUUUUGGAAGUUUGGAGGAAUUAGAAAGAGAGCGGCUUUCCAAAGMAAGCGCGCCAAGUGAAGAGCUGUCAGAAGAUGGCGGUAAAAAACGAGAAAAUGGCAUAUCUGAGUCUAUUCUGGCUGGAAUACAAGCUGGAAAUAUCAAUAUAUCUGAAGGAGAAUUUCAUGACAUUGUGGAAGACACGUCAGAAAGACACAAGGAACUCUUAGCCGAAUUUGAAAAGAGGAAAAAGGCUCGUUUAAUAACAGUACCUACYGACAUACCUUCAGUCAAGGCAAGACUACGAGAACUAGGACAGCCAAUUACAUUGUUUGGAGAAGGAGCCCUUGAAAGAAGAGAAAGAUUACGAAGCAUUCUAUCCAAUCUUGGGGAUGAUGUUCUCACARUUGAGGAAAAGACACCACAGGAGAUACCACCUCAUUCUUUGAAUAAUUUGUGCAGCCAAAUUGGAGACGACAGACCUCUGUCUUAUUGUCAGUUUUCUCCAGAUUCAAAAAUGUUGGCAACAGCUUCAUGGAGUGGACUUUGCAAACUUUGGUCAGUUCCUGACUGUGAGCCAAUCUCAAUAUUGAAAGGACAUAAUGAACGUGUUGGCGCAAUAGUAUUUCACCCUCAAGCAACUCUAAGUUUAGAUGAAAAUGGACCAUCCAUGGCUUCCUGUGCGGCUGAUGGUUCAGUCAAGCUGUGGUCUUUCAAAUCUGACACWCCCAUUGCAAACAUAGAAGGCCAUGAAAAAAGAGUAUCUCGUCUAGCUUAUCAUCCGUCAGGACGUUUUCUUGGAACUUGCUGUUUUGAUAACUCCUGGAGGUUAUGGGAUCUUGAACAGCUCAAGGAAGUACUUCAUCAGGAGGGGCAUAGUAGAGAAGUAUACAACAUAGCAUUCCAGAUAGAUGGAUCCCUAUGUGCAACAUGUGGUCUUGAUGCACGUGGACUAGUCUGGGAUCUACGAACAGGACAAUGCAUCAUGCCUCUAGAUGGUCAUCUUAAAAAAGUAUUUGGUAUUGAUUUUGCACCAAAUGGUUAUCAUAUUGCUACAGGAAGUGAAGAUCAGAAGGUUAUGAUAUGGGAUUUACGGAAACGGCAGUGUCUGUAUACUAUACCAGCUCAUACAAACCUUAUAUCGCAUGUUAAAUACCAUGAUGAUUAUUUACUGUCUGCYUCCUAUGACUGUAAAGUAAAGGUGUGGUCCCAACCAGGAUGGGCUCCUCURAAAACCCUUGGUGGUCAUGAACAGAAAGUAACAUGUGUAGACAUCUCACCAGAUGGACACUACAUCGCUUCCACAUCAUUUGACAGAACUUUCAAAUUAUGGACAUCUGAAUAAUACAACAAGAUUAAGAUUUCUCGGUGCUUGGGUUACCUUGGUUAAUACACAGGAAGCCCAAGCUUAUCAUUCAUGAUAUGAACAGAUAUCACGGCUAUGGACAUUUUAGUGUACAGAAACAAAAAUUUCUUCGUAUGCCAACAUUGUGGACUUCCUUGCUUUGGUAGUGUUUGACUUUGUAGUGAUCCUAAUCCUCAAGAGAAAUGUAACAUAGCCUUCAUUGCGUGGGAGGGGGACUGGGGAGGAGGAUGGUUGUUGCCAGGAAGAAUCCCCUCCCCUCCCUAAAGAGAACUCUGCAAAACUGUAGUUAUUUCUGUAACACACGCGUCUGUCUAUUAACCCAUAAUACUCUUUUUAACCUUUCACUUUUUCAAA